UUUAAAGGUAAUGGGUUUUUUUAUAUAUAUAUUUAUUAAUUUUGUUGGUUCUAAAUCACUGUGUUUGCAUUUGGAACAUUCUGUUACAAUUUGAAGAACAUCAAGGCCUCCUGAACUCAAGACAUGUCUGAGUCUACUCUCAAAUCCGACAAAAUCUGCUUUGAGAGCAUCAGAGUAGACAUCAUUCCCGCUCUGAUUGACCACCUCAACAAAGCCAAAGACGAUGACAAGGACAUGGCUACUCAAAUUGAAAAGCUACGCAAAGACCUCAUUUACAUUGCGCAGACUUUCACCGGACUCAAGAAUUUUGAAGAAAGCGCUUGUAAUCUUUUCAAGAUUCUCCUAAAACCGCAACACAGUCUCUUGGCUGCCCCAACACAGACUCCCAUCCAUGAGUCCAAAGCUAAGAAAUUUCUGGAGGAGAAGCUCCGGGUGCACAGUAAGGUAAUCAUGAAACUAAAGCUCCUAAUUCCGUCUCCUGACAAAUUGCUGUUCAACAAGGACAAUCCUUUGGUUCUGGCCGACAUUGGCAAAGAGCCUGAUAGCAUGCCUGAGUUACAUUUAAGUAAGGUGUUUAAGGAUAGCCCAGCUCUUAAAGAAUUUCGGGUUGUUUAUAACAGUCUUAGUGUUAUUGCAAAGCUCUGUUUGUUGUGUUUCGCUGCUAUUCCUGCCAAUGAGGCUAUAAAGAAGAGGGUUUUGGUACAUUGGUGGGUUGGAGAAGGGUUUGUGAACCCUCCUGUUGAUGGAGAAAAGACAGUGGAGGAAAUUGCUGAUGGUAUAUUUCAAGAGUUAACCAAGAAGGGCUGCAUUGAACCUGUUUAUAAGAAACGGAGAUCGGUUGUGCACAGUUUUAAAAUGCACCAUCUUAUUCGUUCUGCUGUAAUUGUGAUUGCCGAAGAGGUGAGAUUCUUUAAUUUUGAUAAUAAAGGUAGUCCCACAGCCAAUUUUUCAUCGCAUUCUUAUCGGGCGUGUUUGGUGUAUCGGGUGAAGGGCUCUCGUCAUCUGAUGGAGAAGGUGGCAAAUAAACCAAAUGAUUUGGAUCAAAAUAGGGCAAAUAUACCACAUGAUUUGGAUCAAAAUGUGGCAAAUAGACCACAUGAUUUAGAUCCAAAAAUGCUGCACACCGUAUUCAAUGUGAAUGAGUCUUAUCCAGAUUUUUCCAAUGUGGACUGGUCUAAGUUGAGGAAUCUGAAGGUUCUUCAUCUUGGAAGGUGGCACAGCAGGGCUAAGCAUCACAUUGAAGUAGAUGACAUUGAAUUCUUAAGAGGGUUGAUCCAUUUGACACAUUUGAGAAUUUUAAGUCUGCAAGGAAUAUCUAGGAAACUUCUUAGUUUGAGGAUCUUGGAUCUUGGAGCAUGUCCGAAUUUAGAGCUACUUCCAGAGACAAUAGGCUCACUUAAGAAUCUCACACACUUGGAUAUGUCUGAGUGUUACUUGCUGGAGCGCAUGCCUAAGGGGAUUGCCUUCCUUUCAGAACUCCAAGUUCUUAAAGGAUUCGUAGUUGGUGUUCAUGAUAAGAAUGAUACUUCAUGUACUUUUCAUGAUUUGUCAGCACUGAAGAAGUUGAGGAAAUUGUCAAUCCACACAAGUAGGGUGGAUUUUCCCGUAGAAGAUGAGCUCAUUGUUUUACAAAAAUUUGGACGGCUUCGAAAGCUAACGAUAGAAUGGGGACGGUUAUACCCCCCGGCCACCACUCAGGAUAAAGGCCAGCCAGAUAAUGUUGCUGCUCAACCCACGACAACAAGCACUCAACACAAUGCUGCACCACAGCCAGCAACACCACCAACUAUCACAAAAAAUCAUUUUUUCAGUAAACUACCAACAUUCAGAGGGGCGCUUAGGUCGACUGCUACCUUGAAUCAGGAAUUAGAUCUAGAGAAACUGGACCUGCAGUGCUACCCUCAGAAGACAGCACCCAGUUGGUUGAGGCCUGGAAAUCUAAAGAGCCUAAAGAAACUCUACAUUAGAGGAGGACAACUCCGAAAUCUUGGCGAAGUUGAGGAGAACGACAGGUGGGCAGUUGAGACACUGCGAUUGAAGUUCUUGAGUGAACUAGAGAUGGAUUGGAAAGAAAUCCCAGUUUCAUUUCCUGACUUGAUUUACUUGGAGAAAUUUAGAUGUCCUAGGCUCACUUUCUUCCCAUGCGAUGAGAGUGGAGUAUGGCUGAAGCCCUGA